AGAAAAAGUAUUCUCUGUGGUUUUACGUUUGUUUUCUAUUUCGAAUUUUCCAAAAAUAAAAACUUUAUAAUAACUUGCGAUUUGCGAAAGCUAUUGAUUAAAAUACUUACGGAACUCUUUUCAGCCAAUAAUAAUAAUUGAUGAUGAUGAUGAAUAUCGGUAAUAGAAAACGUACUGUUAUUGUAAAAAGUUGAUACGAAUUUUCAGAGCUCAGAGCCAACUGGUACAUAAAGAUGAACUUCGCUGGAAAAGUGGUGAUCGUAACCGGCGCCAGUUCGGGAAUCGGUGCCGCAACAGCGAUAUUUUUAUCAAAACUCGGCGCAAAGUUAUCGCUGACCGGUAGAAAUGUGGAUAAUUUGCAAAAGGUCAACAAAGAUUGUGAGAAAGCGACGUCUACUUUUCUCGUGCCCGCCGACUUGACGAAGGAGAGCGACAUCGAGAACAUAGUCAAAAACACGGUCGAGCACUACGGACAGAUCGACGUGUUGAUCAACAAUGCCGGCAUCAUUGAGACUGGCACGAUCGAGAACACGUCUCUGGCUCAGUACGACCGUCUGAUGAACACGAACGUGCGCUCCAUCUACUACCUGACGAUGCUGGCGGUGCCGCAUUUGAUAAAGACGAAAGGUAACAUCGUAAACGUCUCCAGUGUCAACGGUAUCCGCUCGUUCCCUGGAGUGCUAGCAUACAACAUAUCCAAAGCUUCAGUUGAUCAGUUCACAAGAUGCGUUGCUUUGGAACUCGCUUUAAAAGGAGUCAGAGUCAACUGUGUCAACCCUGGCGUAAUAUUAACUGAGUUGCAGAGACGCGGAGGGUUGAGUGAGGAACAGUAUGCAGCCUUUUUAGAAAGGACGAAGGAGACUCAUGCGUUAGGCCGGCCGGGCAAGCCAGAUGAGGUUGCCGCAACUAUAGCUUUCUUGGCUAGUGAUUUAGCCAGUAAUAUCACUGGGGCCAGUGUCCCUGUGGACGGUGGACGUCAUGCUAUGUGCCCACGCUAAUGUGAAUACUUCAAGGUAUAUCCUUGAUGAAGCUUGGAGCAAUGCAUUGCAAUUGUUUUACCUACAUCCUAUUAAUCUUAUGUAAUUCACCAUACUACACAGAUCCUUAAAAGGAAUAUGGUUGGAGACUAGAUUUUGACAGAGAAAAUAUAGUGGUGGAUGCCUGUGACUUCGUCCAUAUAACACUAGCAGGUGCACGGGACUUCUUCCGCCCUUAGACCACCUUAAUUCCAGCCCUAAUGCAAAAUCUGUUCAUAGUGGAUAUUAACUCUACAUUAUGUCCCUGCCACAUUUCAUCUUUGUAUGUCUAGUGGUUGUUGAGAUUUCAUGAUGAAUUGCCUUUCACAUUUAUAUAUUAAGAUAUGAAGGGGAAGAAUUCUGUCAUACAUGACUUUUGUGUAACUUUAACUGUUUAUGUAAUGCAUGUAACAGGACCUCCGAAAAAGAACAAUUUUCCCACAUUUUUCAUAAAUGCUCUGCUAUGCUGAACUAUAUAUUUAUUUUUGUAAUGCAUUGCUCUACAAUUUCCCAUAAUAAGUUUGCCAUGAAAAUUUACAUACAUAAAUAACAUUUAUUUUUCUACACUAUUAUUAGCAACAAUGUAGUGUCUCAUGACAUAAAAGAGCAAUUAUUGUUAUUAACGUAACACUAAAACAAUUACUUACUUUUUAUAUACUUAUUUUAAUAAUUGUAAGGAUAAUCUUUGAGUCAUAAGUCCGUCAUAAGAGUACAUAAGUCUGCAUUUAAUAUUUUAAUUAUUUUCAAAGAUUGGAAAUAUAGUCUGUAUAAAAUAAUAUUCAUUGUUAUUUAUAUUCAUUGUUAUAUGAAGGUGCUAAAAUUUUAAUGUCUAUAAAUAUUAUAUAUAUUUUAUUGUUUUACAAAUAAAAUGUUUGUCACUCAAAAUGUUUUGAAUGAAUUUGAUUGAUAAAACAUAAUACCUUUACUAAAUAAAUUAAAAGCAAUAUGCUUAUAUUGCAAAAAUUUGAUAUUUAUUUUUUGGUAUUUAUUAGAUUAGAUAAAACAUAGUAAAAAAAAAAAACUAGUCAAAAGUAGUUUUAUCAUUUAGCUCUAGCUCAAUGGCUGGUAACUGUAGAAUAAAAGAAAACAUGUUGAAUCAUAAUUUUAAUAAUAUAUCCAGUCUACCUACAUUGUUGUAACUUUAUUGUUUAUUUUUAUAAUGUCAAAGGUUUAUUAAGAAACAACUGUGUAAGCAAAUUACUCCUUUAUUAUGUAAUAUAAUAUUAAUUAUUAUAACUAACUUAAACAUAAUUAUCACAUGUCUUGUCUGUAUAUUGGUAAAAAAAUAUAUAUUAAAUAUAGUGGUGCUAAUGCAGCUGUAAACAUGGACAGUCUUAUUUAUUAACAUGGAUUAAGAUUUAAACCUAAUUUUUUUUCAAAUUAAAGUGGUCCUAAUUGCUACUGUUUAAAGUUCUCUUUACUUUGAAGAAAAUUGAGGCUAAAACCUUCUUCUAUAUUUAAAAAGGCCGGGAUAGUUUUAAUUAUGACAUAAAUGUAAUUAUAGAGCUAAAAUGCCUUUAUUAUCCUGGAUUUGGGCGCCACAAGUAUAUUUUAACCAGUGCUUAUUAUGUUGAUAUAUAAUUUCAAUUCCUUUUCAUGCUGAGGUAUUUUAUUUUUCAGUGAAACUACAUUAUUUAUGAACAAACAUUUUCUUAAAAAAAACUGCUACAUAAUCUGUGGUUGCGCCAAUUAAAAAACACAAUCGCAUUACCCAUCUUUGGCAUUACCAUAUUAAUUUUACAAAUGAAUUAGCACCACUAUUAAUUUCGAUGCAAGCCAGUCUCAAGUUGAAAAUGUAGGUUACAUUUUUUACUAAAAUGGAUAUUGCAUGUGAAAUCUGCAAGGCGAUAGGAAAUUACAGGUUACACGGAAAUUACAACCCUACGCAAUACCCACUGAUAAUAACUGCCAGGGGGGGGACAGUUCCAUACAUUCUGAGCAAUUUGUUGACUUACAGGCCAUCUAGAUCUAGUAGUGAAACAACUUUUCGACUAAGUUGGUAAAAAUAUCUCAACAGAUGGCAGUAAUUCCAUCGCUAAUCUUAGUGUGCCCAUUUCGUAAUAUUUAAUAAUUUUAACGAUAAUGAAAAAAAUAGUAACUUUGUAAUAAUCUCAUAGACCACUACAUGAAAUAUAUAUUUAAAUCGUUUUGCAAAUCAAACUUCUUCAUUUAAUAAAAUAUGAGACGCAUAAGUUAACAUAGAGUGUUUGGCUAAGAUGAUAUAAUAAUCUUUAUAUUAAAUCCGGGAACAAAAUAUUUAUAGUAUGUGAUAUUCAUGGGGAGGCAAAACAUGGAGCAGUGGCGUUUUUCUUCCAAGCCAUUUUCCAGUCCUUAAUGCGUUUGAUAGCAAAUAAUGUCUGCAAAAUAGUUACGACUUCAUAUACUUUUCUAUAUUUAUUCUGCAAUUAUUUUUUUAAAUAAAAAUAUUUUGACUCCUCAGUUUUGUCCGAUUGCCCGUGAAUAUUACUUAAACAGUUUUUACAGUAUGAUCAUGAAUUAAAUUGUGUUGCUUGCGAUUGUAAGUUAUUGGGUAAAACAAAGUAAGCGUAUAUUAAUUUCAACAUUGCCAAGAACUGUCAUUUGGUCCAGUGGUGAACAUGGUCGAACGGAUUCUAACAAAUUUACAUAUGAUUAGGAUUAGGAUUAGGAAUAGUCAUGGGUUCGAGCCCGGGUGGGGAAUGGAUUACAUCACAAUAUAUUUUUUUUUUUGUUUUUCUCAAUUCGUUUUUUUUAAAUAUUUUUUGAGUUUUAUUAAACCUCGAUUAAAAAUCUCCAUUUAAAUAAAAUUGCCGCUGUUUUAGUAGUACCUAAAAGUUUACUCCAAACCGCAGUUGGCGCUUCAAUUUAAGCCACAGAAAAUCUUCAAGAGGGCUCUCUUUUCCCAUAUACUUAUUAUACUCUUUGAUAACUGCUGACCUUAAUACAAAUAACUACUUAAUAUCCAUAUUAUAGUUGGUAGCUAGCUAGCGAUGAAACAAGUGGUCGCAAACUUUGGACGUCAUAAUAAUGCUCAGAGACACUAGGACAAGCUAUGGAGUUUAUCUGCGUGAUCAAGUCCGAAAUGAGAUCCGCAGAAGAACUAAAGUCACUGACAUAGAUCAACGAGCCACAAAGCUGGAGUAGCAAUGGGCGGGAUACAUAGAGUUCGAAAAACCGACGGACGUUGGGUCCCAAAAUGUUGGAAUAGCAACCACAUACAUAAGCGUAGUAUUAGUCGAGGGUGAUCGUGGUGGUUGCAAGUCCCUACAAAAGGCCUAUCCUCUUAACUUUGAUUUGUUCGGUGAUACGAUACUUAGUAGCGAGUUUUCUUUUUACCUAUACCUACUUAUUAAUCAAUAAAUAUUAAUUUAAUUUC